CUGGGGUUGAGUGCAAGUGGCGACAGGCACGCAUGGUUCUCGCUGCGGCGCGCCAGGCUGCAGGGAAACUAUCGCCGAGUCUGCCUACGUUGCUCGUUUCGAUGUGGAACGUUCGUCGUCCGCGUGUCUGCAGAUGCGCUGGCCGGCCCCGCUCUGCCCGUCCACUCUGCUGACGCUUCGCAUCGUCUCGCUCUUCACAGCGUCUCGGCACCGUCGUCGAGAUCAUGGGCAACACGACGCUGGCCUGGCGCCACUGGGGCUGCGUGACAUCGCGCGUGCUGGCCAACAUGAAGAACUCGCUGUCCGAGGCCGAGGACCUGGACGGCUUUGAGGACCUCAACGAGGACGACCAGCAGAAGAUCCGCACUGCGUGGGAGACGGGCGCCGUCGACCCGGCCGACAUUCCCGAGUCGGCCAAGAAGCCGGAUCCGGCGUCGGGCGAGGAGGACGAGGACAGCAAAAGCGCAUCCGCGUCGCCCAAGAAGAAGGCGACGCCGCGCAAGAAGAAGGGCAAGGCGGCGUCGCCGGCGUUCCAGAGCGACUCGGAGAUCGAGGAGAAGCCGCACGUCAACUCGGCGUCGAAGAAGAAGAAGGCACCCGCCAAGAAGGCGCCGGCGAAGAAGGCCAAGGGCAAGAAGAAGGCCGCGUCGUCGGACGAGGAGUCCGAGGCGCACGCGGGCGCCUUCUCGCCGUCGUCGCACGAGGCUGAGAGCGACUUCAGUGCUGCCGACAGCAGCGAGGAGGAGGACAGCAAGAAGCGCAAGCGUGCGCCGGCCCAGAAGCGUGCUGCCGCACCCGCCUCGACGCGUCCGAGCCGUGCGAGCAAGUCGAACGCACGCGGCAAGAUGGUGGACACGCAUGGCUCGCACGAUGAGGAGGAGGAGGACAGCGAGGCGGAGUCGCCCAAGCCGCAGAAGAAGGCUCGCAAGAGUCGUGCUAGUGCGUCAUCGUCGAAGGGCGCACGCGCCGCCAAGCCGGAGCCCGAGGAGGAUCUCGAGCAGCCGGAGGAGGAGGACGUCAAGCCGCGCAUGGCUACCAAGAAGACGGGCGGCAAGGCGCCGCGCAAGAGCCGCAGCAGCGCUGCCAGCGGCAGCGGCAGUGCUCCCCCGGCUGCCGAGGAGCAGGAUGUCAAGCCGCAGCUCAACGACGACGGCGAGCUGCAGGACGUCAAGCCGAAGCGCAAGGCGCCCAAGAGCCGUGGCUAGACGCGCCAACGCUGUCACAGCAUCAGCAGCCUCACGCG